AUGAGUUUUAGAGUGUGCAAACAGGCUUUCAUAACUGCAAGGUUCCAAAGGAUUCCGUCGUGGCUCAAAAGAACAAUGACUGGCACAGAUAUUGAGGCUUCAAAGAAGAGGAAGAUUGACGCAGCUGUUGUCGUUACAGGGCGUGGUCUCGGGUCCAAAAUUUUCGCACCAUUCAGAGUGGUUGGUAACGUAAUCAAUAACAUUCCAUUUGCAGUGGGAUCUUUGGGAUCGACCUUUUACAUUGUCACUAGUGUGGGUAAAUCAUUCCAGAUAUAUGAUGCUAACAAUCUCCAUCUACUAUUCGUUUCUGAAAAGGAGACUGAUGCAGGAAUUACAGCGUUUUCAACACACUUUCAUUAUAUAUUUGUUGCAUACGGAAGCAAAGUAGGCAUUUAUAAACGUGGUAUCUGCCAGCAUACGAUUGAAUUGAAGAGAAGGGUCACAGUGAGAAAUUUGUGUGUCUUUGGUGACUUCUUGUGUGUCUCUACUGAUGAUAACGCAGUAUACAUAUACAAAAAGAAGUUAUCCCAGGACAAGUAUGCCACUGAGAUUUACACAAGCUUCAGUAUCGAAAAACUUCAGGGUGGAGACAUUGUCGCACUUGCCCAUAUGCCCACAUAUCUCAACAAAAUUGUAGUUGUGACGAGAACAAAUCUAUUACUGUACAAUAUUAGAACAGGAAAACUACUUUAUACGUCUGAUGAGUUUCCAGAACAAAUUACAGCUGUGGAGGUUGCACCAGCACUUGACAUCUUGGCUCUAGGGACCGCAUCAGGGGAAGUUUUUAUGUACAAUUUAAGAAAGGGUAGAAUUAUCCGAAGGAUAAAGAUGAUGCAAUCAAGGAUAUCAUCUUUGUCCUUUAGGACAGAUGGCUCUGCACAUUUGUGCCUUGGGUCAACUAACGGUGAUAUAGUAUUCUAUGAUCUGGAUCGUCGCUCUCGUAUACAUGUUUUGAAAGGUAUUCAUAGCGAGUCUUACGGUGGUAUCACAAGGGCGUCCUAUUUGAAUGGACAACCCAUUGUGGUUACCUCUGGAGGGGACAACCAACUUAAGGAAUAUGUUUUCGAUCCGUCUUUAUCGCAAAGUGAUAGUGGCGUUGUUGUUCAGCCUCCGAGGUUUCUACGUUCUAGAGGUGGACAUUCUCAACAACCAUCAUUUAUCUCGUUUGGGGAUAACUCAGCUCAUUUCAUAUUAUCAGCCUCUAGAGAUAGAUCAUUCUGGGCCUUUUCUUUAAGAAAAGAUGCACAAUCACAGGAACUGUCUCAAAGAUUGCAUAAAAAACCAGACGGAGGAAGGAUCGGUGGUAGUGCAAUAAAGGAGAAAUUUCCAGAAAUUACAGCUAUUGCAAUUUCAAACGCAAGGGUUGGUGAAUGGGAAAAUAUUUUGACUGCUCACAUGAACGAAAAGGAAGCUCGCACUUGGGACCUUCGCAGUAAAAGAGUAGGAAGAUGGACUUUUGGUACAACUGAUGGCGGUAUCGUUAAAUCUGUACAAAUUUCGCAAUGUGGAAACUUUGGGUUUAUUGGAUCAUCAAAUGGUAGUAUUGUAGUUUAUAACAUGCAAAGUGGUAUUAUCCGGAAAAAAUAUAUUUUGCAUAAAAAGGCUGUUACUGGCAUUGCUCUAGAUGGCAUGAAUCGGAAGAUGGUCUCAUGUGGUCUUGAUGGUAUCGUGGGUUUUUACGAUUUCAAUAGGUCUUCUCUCUUGGGUAAGUUGCAGCUAGAUGCACCAAUAACUUCAAUGGUGUAUCACCGUGCAUCUGAUCUUUUCGCUCUGAUAUUAGACGAUCUUUCUAUUGUCAUCGUUGAUGCUGUUACUCAGAGAAUUGUUAGACAACUUUGGGGCCAUUCUAACCGAAUAACUUCACUGGACUUUUCACCUGACGGGCGUUGGAUUGUUUCCUCAUCUCUUGAUAGUACAAUUAGGACUUGGGACUUGCCUACUGGCGGUUGCAUCGAUGGUGUCAGGUUGGAGUCGGUUGCAACCAAUGUUAAGUUCUCACCUAAUGGAGAAUAUUUGGCUACAACACAUGUUAGUGGCAAUGGAAUCUGCAUUUGGACGAACAGAUCGCAAUUUAAAGCCGUAUCCACUAGAAUGAUAAACGAAGAGGAAUUCUCGAAAAUUUCUUUACCUAACGCAUCUGCUACGGGGGGUGUAUCAAUGCUCACUGGUGCUUUCAAUGAUUCAAUCGAUGAAGAACAUGACGUUAACUUCAAUAAAUAUGAAACAAUGCAUCAGAUCAAUAAAGAGCUCUUGACAUUAUCGAUUGGUCCUAGAAAUAAAAUGAACACUCUAUUACACCUUGAUGUAAUCAGACAACGUUCGAAACCUGUAGAGGCUCCAAAGAAAGCACAACAGUCACCAUUUUUUCUGCAAUUGUCAGGUGAUAAGGUUGGUGAUGAGGCAUCCGGAAGGGAAGGCGUUGCGCAUGAGACAGUUGAGGCAAUUCAGAGAAAGCAAGCGGCUGAAACUGAUCGCGUGGCUGCAGAAAUGCAAAUAAACAAGUUUAAGCCCACAGGUCCUCUAGGUUUCGAGUCCAAAUUCACAGAACUUCUCAGGAAAGGCGCCGAAUCUGAAAACUUUAGCGAAUUUUUGCUUAAUUUGGUAACUUUGUCACCUGCAGCUGUGGAUCUUGAGGUCAGAUCUUUGAAUUCAUAUGAACCGUUUGAUGAAUUGAUAUGGUUUAUUAACGCACUUGUACAAGGUGUCAAAACCAACAGAGAUUUUGAUUUGUACGAGGCCUUUAUGAGCUUAUUGUUUAAGGCUCAUGGGGAUAUAAUACACACUAAUAACCAAAAUGAACGUGUUACAAAGGCAUUAGGUGAGUGGAAUAAAUGCAGUACAAAAGGUGAGAAAUUAGAUGACCUAAUCAAGUAUUGUUCCGGUGUCGCAAACUUUGUCUCUAGUCGCUGA